UCUACCGGGAAUUCAAACGAAGAAGAAGAAGAACAAGCUGAAGACCAACGAAGAAGAAUCCUGUCAAGCCUCGUGAAGCGGGAAUUAGCAGCCCAGUAUCAUGGACUGGGGUCAGAAUGAGCUGCCGUCUCCGGUGGUUCGAGACGACGAGGUGACGGUCGCCGCCCGAAGGAGGAGGAAGAAGGUGGCUUUCCCGUCACCCGGCAGCCCGGUCCUUUCCACGGCAACACCAGCACGCUCCCUGAUUAGGAACACUCCUGCUUCACUGUUCAGACAGGCUGUAACUCCCAGAGUUCCAGAUGUUUCCUCCAUUAUGGCUCCGGCAGGUCGAACGCCUCGAUACAUACACACACCCAGAAACGCCCUCAGCAGUAUGAAUUUGGAUGACAGUGAUUGGACCAACAGCAUGUACAUCUCCCCCGUUUCGGGAAUGGAGAACACCAGCUUCUUCACAGACGACAUCACCAACCUAAGCUCCGCCCUGCUGAAGGAGGACGACCCUGGCGAGGCCGCGGCUGCCAGUCUUUUCCCAGAAUUCCUCACGUCCUUCCAGAAAAACUCUUCCACUGCCGUGUUUGAGCUGCUUGAGGAUUACCAGACACUCUUACAGGACAAGGUGGAUGUGCUGCAGUCUGUGGUCCUCAGAGCGGGACAGAACAGUAAGACAGCCGGAGUCCGCUGGCUGCUGCAGCAGGAGAACUGCUCCUGGAGACUCAUCACCUCCCUGUACAGGGACCGGGUCCAGUUGGCGCUGGAAGAUGACAUCAUGACAGACAUGGUGGUUCCCAGUGAGAGUGAGAAGGUCGUGGUGGAGCAGCUUUUCCAGCGGGAUGCCGUCAUACGUCAGAGUCAGCUGGUCGUUGAUUGGCUGGAGAGCAUCGCCAAGGAUCAGAUUGGAGAUUUUUCUGAUAAUAUUGAAUAUUACGCCAAAAACGUCUGCUGGGAGAACACCCUUCAUGCUCUGAAGCUGAGGAGGAAGAGCGGCGCUUCCUUCACCAUCCCUCUGGUCACUGAGCUGGACCCGGACGCUCCUCUCCGGCAGCAGCGUCCUCUGGCCGACCUGGACAGAGAGGACGACGCCAGACUGCUGAAGAACCUGUUCACCCUGAUCAGAGCGGGGAUGACCGAGGAGGCUCAGAGGCUGUGUAAGCGCUGUGGUCAGGCCUGGAGAGCAGCAACUCUGGAAGGCUGGAAACUUUACCACGACCCCAACAGGACCUCAGUGAGUGUAGAGCUACAGGCCGUGGAAGGAAACCCUCACAGAGGAAUCUGGAAGGCCUGCUGCUGGAGGAUGGCUGAGGAGGAGCAGCUAAACAGAUACGAGAGAGCGAUCUACGCCGGCCUCAGUGGAAACCUCAAACCGCUCCUGGCAGUGUGUGAAUCUUGGGAGGACUGUGUGUGGGCUCACUUCAGAGUGAUGGUGGACUCGCUGGUUGAGAAGGACCUGAUGUCGUCGGGUAUGGCCCACCAGGAAGUGGAGUCACUGCCGCGAGAAUACCUGGAGGCCAAUUGGACGAUGGAAAAGGUGUUUGAGGAACUUCAAGCCUCAGAGUUGAAGAGGGUGUUGGAGGAGACUAAAGAGCAUUACCACGUCAUCCAGAAGUUUGUCAUCUUGGGAGACCUGGACGGUCUGUUGGAGGAGUUCUCUGAUUGGCUGUCAGCCUCUAAGCCCCUCCCCUCCCACCUGCUGCGUUUCAUGACUCACCUGCUGCUGUUUUACCGCUCUCUGGGUUUGGCGCUGAAGGAGGAGGUGUGUGUUGAUGUCCUGAAGGCGUACGUCACCCUUCUGAUCCAGGAUCAGCAGACCGACCUCGUGGCGAGCUACGUUAGCCAGCUGCCCGCUGAGCUCGCCACCGUCCAGUACGCCGCUUUCUUGGAGACGGUCAGCCAGCCCGAGCUGCGUCCUCGCUGCCUGCAGCUCGCCACCGACGCCGGUCUGGAUGUUGCCGCGGUAACCAAGCUGGUGGUGGAGACUGUGAGAGAGAAGGAUGAGACGGAGUUCACACACCACAACCAGACGCUGGAGAUGGGAACUACAAAGGAGGACCUAAGGAAGAUCGAUGUCAUCGAUUGGCUGCUGUUUGACCCCGGCCAUCGAGCCGAGUCCCUAAAACAGUCCAACGCCAUCAUGAGGAAGUUUCUGGCGGUGCAGAAACACGACGCAGCCAAGGCGGUGUUCUCUAAAGUUCCAGAGGAUUCGAUGAGGGAGAUCUACUGCCAGUGGUCGGGGGUCGGUCAGACCACGCCUCUGCCCGCUGAGGACGAGAACGCCAUCAGAGAACACCUGUGCAUCAGAGCCUACCUGGAAGCUCACGAGGCGUUCACUGACUGGUUCAGUCACAGCAGCUGCCCCCAGAAGCCGGCACCGGCCCCCGAGGCCAAAUUCACCGAGAGAGUAGCCAAUGAGAUGAGAGAAAAGGAGUACCAGUCCUCCCUGUCUGCCUGGUCGAGCCGUCUGGACGUUUUAACUGAAGAUGUGAAAGAAAGAAUCUACAACGUGCUGCUGUUCGUAGACGGAGGCUGGAUGAUCGACAACAGAGAGGACUCAGAGCUGGAUGCAGAGCGCAGCCACCAGAUGGCGGCGCUGCGUUCUCUGUGUCUGCCUCGCCUCAGCUUCCUGCUGCUCAGCGUGCUGCAGAACUCCUCCAGACACCAGGAGGCGCUGCGCCUCGCUGACAUCAUCUCAUCGGACCAGCACCGCCUCUACCAGGUUUUCUCUAAAGAGGAGCUGAGGCGGUUCCUCCAGAAGUUGAGGGAGUCGUCGCUCGCUCUGUUGGACCGAGGACUCGACCCGCUGGGCUACGAGUUACAGCCAUGAACACACACACACACUCACACAUACAUACACACAGAGCAGUGUUUAAAUCACUGUUGCUUUUUUUGGAUUGUCUUGUUUUUUUCGAAAUAAAAGUUUUUGUUUUCCUCUAGUGGUUUCAUGUAAACUUUAUUAAAAAAGGUUUUAAAAAU